AUGCCGUACACAGGAAGAAUUAUCUACUGGGAGACCAUAUCACAUGCUGGAUCCCUUGGGCUACCAAGACAAAAACAAAGUGGGCUUCAAGGUCAUGUACCUGGCUUGCUCCCAAGUGAAUAUGUUACUGAUGUGAUAAAUUGCGAGCCCUCCGGUGUAAUUGUCACGUUUUCAUCGGGAAGGGUCGCUCACAUUACCUUUAGGGAUUCUCAAGGGAGGCCCACCGUGAUGGCCAAUUUUCUUCGGAAUUCAAGCAGCAGUAGUGGGCUACUGAAUGGCAUAAAAAGCGUCUUCAGUGGUGGUUGCUGGAGGAAGGAUGUCGCUGCAGUAAAGGCUGCCCGUUCGCAUCAACGAGGGCAGCGGGACAUCAUUGUUGGCACAACGACAGGAGUGUUUGAGAUCUGGGACACUCAUUGGAGUAACGGGAGCAUAAUGAAGAAACAGUUUGAUAUCAGACAGGACCUGUGCCGCUCUUUGGGUCGAAAGCACACAGAAGUGGCCAGUGAUACAGAUCUAAAGAUCUUAGAUUUUGCCCUUUUGUCCUGCGGAGAUAAUGCGCAAGAUCUACAGCAUAGUGGGGCAGAGUCGUGGCGACUUUGUCUGGUUGUGGCGCCUUCUCGGGAGACAGGUCGUCGAUGCAUAUCUGUGGUGCAGCUCUUGCUUUCAGAAGAAGUUCAUGUCUUGGCUGCCAGUUCCAUAGACUUGAGCUUUUCUACAUUGUCUAACGCACCGCAGCCCAACAUCAAGUUACAUGUAGCCACAGUGAGCCAGACAGCCUUUAUUGUGAUUGACCAAUCGGUGUUACUGCUCUCGUUGGGCUCAUAUGGUGACUCGCCCACCUCGCAACUCUUACUAGACUCUGGUCGACUUCCCUCUCCUUUCAAUGACCAUAUCACCUUUCGAUCCGGAGCUGACUACAAGCUACUGGGCAGCGGCUGUGAGGAUGAAACGGGUGAAGGAUCUUCCUCCGCAUGCUUGGUCAUGGUUCGAAAUUUUGGGGUCAUUCGAAUCGCAGUGAGGCCUCGACAAAGCGCAGGCAAUGAGAUUGAAGAUGCUCAAAUCACAGCUAAAACCAAAAUCGAACAAGCCGUAUUCUACGGCGCGAGGCCAGGCAACCCACUCGAUCUAACUGACAAAGGCGGCUUCGACUUUAGUCCCCAGGAGAUCGAGGAAGCUGCACUUGAAAUUUGCGGAGAAUUGCUGCGGUCUACCUCGCAUUAUAUUCCCGCCACGUCGGUCACUCUAGAACAGAACUUGAAAUUACGAGCAAAAGCUCUAGAUGAUCUUGCGAGUCUGUUACUGCAGCAUAAGAAACCUUUGCAUCGUCAAACCUGGUACGAGCUAUUGUGGGGUGCAGAGAAACUUGCUGCACAAAGGGCCCUGUGGAAAUCUGAGGAUAAGGCGAGGCGGGCAAUGGGCCAAGGGAAUACGUUUUUGGCUCAUGUGAUUGGGUCGAUGAAUGAAAAAUUCAAAACAAAAUCUGAGGAUUAUGAGGACAAAGAUAAUGUGCGCGACUGGUUUCUUUUUGACACGUUUCGAAUGGAACAUAUUAUUCCCUGGAUCUUCAAGGCGCUCAAACUUCAGAAGGGGAUUUCAACGAAGCAGGGCCGGAGGGUAUUAGAAGAAAUCGUCCAAGCCAGUGAGCUUUCCUUGGCCGUCUUGGAGACAGCUUUUCGGUUUCGUGAUGAGCACGCUCGUCAGUACGGGCUUGAAGACGAGCACAUAGAGGAUGGCGUGUUGUCGUCUGGCUAUGAUGGUCUCUCUGAGUUCUGGACGUCUCGAGAUAUUGUUUUUCUUGAAACGGGACAUCUUCUGGAUCUAGAACUCGAUACAUGUAGGGCAUGGACCCAACAAGCAACGACUUCUUUGGAUCUACGGGAGCAGAAGCUCGUCCGGCAAAUUGCAGAAAACAGCGCCCGCCAACUCCGUGUGCUCAGUUUAAUGCACUACGAAAGAGUCAGGUGGCUUUCCUCACAGGAUAAUCCCAAAUCAGUCGAUGAGGGCAUUGAACUUGAGCAAACAUAUACCAAGCAGCGCAGGUGGCAGCUAUUCAAGUUGGCUGGCAUUGGGCAGCUAGAAGACGCAAUUUCUUUGGCAGAGAAAUUCCGGGACAUGAGUGCUUUGGUAGAACUCAUCAUUGAGCUUCAGGAUCAGACAUUGGCGGACUCGGAACAUGCCGAAAAUGUCACCAACUAUGAAUCAGAACAGCUCGGUAGGAGAAUCUCGACGUACUUCGAGAAGUUCGGCGAACCCUGGGCUGAUGCCUUCUUCACUCGCCAAAUAUCGAUGGGUCAAUCAGAGAUUCUGUUCACAAUGAGAAGGUUUCAACCUUUCAUCAACCGCUUCUUGCAUAAAAAUCCGACCUACGCUCGGCUCUGUUGGAUUAAUGAUGCGAUCGGUGAGGAUAACUAUGAAGCGGCUGCUCGAUCGUUGGAGACCUUGGCUCUCGAGCGUGAAUCAGAUUUGUGGUGUCAUCGCGUUGAGUUGUCCUUGUCUAAACUUGCCACGCUAGCAGCCUGGGAAGAAAGCAGUGCAGCUGCCAAGCCUAUCUUUGGAAAUGAGAUAAAACGCCUAGAGGACUUGGCUGAAUUAGAUGCUGUCCAAGAAGUUGUCUAUGCUUAUAUGAUGCCAGCUUUGCAGGGCGCGAUUGAUCAAAAAGCCGAAACUGAACUAGCAAUUGACCAGUUCGGAAGAUUUGUGAAUGACACCCCAUCGCUCCACGAAGUACUAUCUGCCUUACUCACUAAAGUGAUCAGCCGGCAAAUCCUCAGGGUUGACCAGUUGGUUGAUUUGUUGACACUGAUCGAUGGCGGCCAGGUUUCGGAGGAAACGCAGAAUGAAUUCAUUGGCAAGGAAUUCUACCUGGCUCUGCGGGUAAUUCGAUUGAACUCUUCCACCCAGGAGGGUCCUCUCUACUGUAUCCCUCUGCAGAAGCUUGUGUGGCGCAGAUGCAUGAUCAGAGAUGAUUGGCAAUUGGAGAAAAAUGCUGACAACACAGAUCAUGAACCUGGAGAUCACAUGCACUGUGUCUCUCUUCUUCGCACACUCACACUUUGUUUAAGAGAUAAACACUGCGCGGACGCAGAUCCUUGUCCACUCUAUGUACCAUCCUCGCCGCUGGAUGUAGUGCUUAAUGAGUCAGAUCUCGAUUUUAUUUUGUCGUCAUACCCACAAGAGCAGCGCAAUAGGAUUUGCCGCGAUCUGAGCAAGGAAAAUGAUAUACUUCUCCAACGGAUUGAAGAGGGAAAACUCGAGUUCUGGUACCGGAAACUCCUUAUCUCUGCGGAGGAGGCGGUUUCAUCUUCAGCUAGUCAUUCAACUGGCGCUUUGGUGCAGUUCAGCGAUGGUCUACAGGCACACCAUUCGGAAACAGGAUCUCCUUCCACAAGAGCGCAGUUGUCGUGGCUUUAA